CGAACACACUCAGCUAGAGGGCCUAUCACCAUGCGCGUCGCAGAAAUGAUAUUAGCUGCCUAUGACAACUUGGAGAGAAGCUUAGUAGAGGAUUUCGCGAUACGUGUAAGAUAGACCGCAUACUGUUUUGUAAUAAGCUGAUAGUUUGAAGAAAAAUAAAAAGCCAUUUACGUACACACAGCUAUCCAAAUGGCACAGUCGGUGCACAUUAUGUGCCUAGUAUAAUAGGAAGGCUGUCAAGAUCCAGGUGUGAGGUCAGUCAGAGGAUUUCACCAUGCCGCACAAGAUUUUAAAGAGUGCCCACUACAUCGAGCUGGGAAGUUACCAGUAUUGGCCAGUUCUAGUUCCAAGGGGCAUCCGCUUGUACACAUACGAACAGAUUCCGUUGUUCCUGAGAGAAAACCCAUACAUAACAGACGGGUACAGGGCGUACCUACCGUCAAGAUUGUGUAUUAAAAGCCUGUUCAUCCUGUCCAAUGAAACGGUUAACAUCUGGAGUCACCUGCUGGGGUUCUUCCUGUUCUUCUCCCUGGGGCUGUAUGACAUGACCACAGUGCUCCCAGCCUCAGGUGCCUCCAGAGAGGACUAUGUCAUCUACUCGAUUGGGCUGUUCUGCUUCCAGGUGUGUAUGCUGUGUUCGGUGGGAUAUCACCUGUUCUCCUGUCACCGCUCGGAGAAGACCAGCCGGCGCUGGGUGGCGCUUGACUACACGGGCAUCUCCAUCGGCAUCCUGGGCUGCUAUGUCCCUGGAGUCUUCUACGCCUUCUACUGCAACAACUACUGGCGGCAGGUGUAUCUGAUCACGGUCCUGGCGAUGAUCCUGGCCGUCUUCUUCGCCCAGAUCCACCCCAAUUACCUCACCAAGCAGUGGCGGCGUCUGCGUUCGGCCAUCUUCUGCUCCGUGGCCGCCUACGGGGUCAUUCCCACAAUCCACUGGGUCUGGCUCAGCGGCGGCUUUGGCGCCGAACUCAUCCAGGCGUUUAUCCCUCGCGUGUUGAUGGUGUACCUGAUAGCGGCUGCAGCCUUCGUCUUCUACAUCUCCAAAGUUCCAGAGCGCUACUUUCCAGGCCAGCUGAACUACCUGGGUUCCAGUCACCAGCUCUGGCACGUACUGGUGGUGCUGGUGUUCUACUGCUGGCACCAGUCCAUAGUGUACAUCACAAACUACAGACACAGCCGGCCCUGUCCCGAUCACUCUCUCCAGCCCUAAGGCUCUGGAGCCAGCCCUGCCCAGACCACCUGCUCCAGCUCCAAGGACUGCAGAGCUAGCCCUCUGUGGGUAGGGCUCGACACUACAGCCCUGUGUGGACUACUUGCUCUAUCACCAGCCCAACUGGGACUGCUAUUGCCACAACAAGGGCCCUACAGUUAGCCCUGUAUUGGCUGUUUGUGCUACAACCAACCUUGCUGUCACCUGACUAUGCCCUGCUGAGACAACACCACCAUUGUGACAUCACAUCUCUCCUUUUUCCAGGACCUGAGACUCUGAUCACACGACCUAUGAGGAAUAGGUCUGCACCAGGAUUCUACUGGCUAAAGGACACUUUGACACUACAUUUCUGAGAAUCUAAACAUUAAAUGUAAAUGGACUUCUAAACA